AUGUGUACCUUGAUCAGGGUGGCCUACGCUGUGGACUUUGAAAGCCACAAUUGCCUGAGACCUUAUCAUUUGAGCUGGCGCCAUGACACUGGCUGCUCCGGUUUUCUUGGGCCAGAGCAGGCGUGUCACAUGAUGGAAAUUAUGGUGACCGAAGGGUUCCGUUCCAACCCAGACCAUGCGGGCUGCGAAAAGUUGUCGGUGACGAAGAUUCCUGCCCAGUACUUGGAUUCUGAGUACCCGCAGCUGCAGAGUUUGAACGGUAACCAGCUGAUUCCUCCGUUUAGCAUUGGCGAUGUUAAGGGCUGGAAACGUGCAGUCAUGGCUUUGGUAUGUUUGCACGGAGUCAAAGAGAUGCAGCUGACGGAACAGGUUGAUCACAUGGUGAAGGCGUCCUUUGGUUGCAUCUAUGCUUCGUUUGGUGCAUUCCAGGAUGUGCGCUCUCAAGUGCACGCCAAUCGAGGAUCACACAUGGUGGACCAGGAAUGGAAGGACACAAAUGCUGUUGCCAAGUGCUUUUCCAUCGGGAAGCAAGAAGCAGCAGCAGUAUCGAAUUUGAUGAGCAAGAUUAGCCCAAAGGUGGUCACGUUCUUGACUGACAGCAUUCGAUCGCAUUGGACUUCUGGCACCCAAGGCUUUGAGCAGUGGAAGGAAGAGUUCCGCAACAAUGAUGAUGACAAGCUUGUGUUGCUAUUUGUUUCCAGACUGCAAACAGAUUUCGAUGCAACUCCGCCAGCCUUGCGCAAAGCUUGCAGCUUCAAGGAUGGCCUCAGCAAACAUCAGGGCUGUGGUGCCCAUUUUUUGAGUGUGCUUCAGCGCAUGAGCCCCCCAGCCGAGUUCAAAGUGGCAGAGGAGAGCUUGCGUGCCCAGUUCAUGAAAAGCUUCAUGGAUCCGGACCUUUCUCAUGCCAUCAAACAGCAAGUUCCACGUGGCGACUUGCAUGCCAUCGCUGCUUUUCGGUCCUUCGCUGCGGACAUGGAAAAUUCCUCGCGGCUUGCAAAGGAGAGAAAGGAUGAAGAGUUAGCCCCGCAGCUCAGGCUGGCCGACUGCAGCUCCGUGAUGGCAAAGUUGGAAGCAGACUUGCAGAUCCUCAAGGACAGAGAGGGGGAUCAAACUGCCCAGGCGAUCAAGAACGCCAAGGACAUGAAAUAUCUUCGAGAUAGACAAAAGAAAGGCCAUGACUUUGUGCACUCGUGGAUGUCAGAGCAUUGUGUCUUGAAGCUGGUCGAUGAAAAGUUUGACGGCGCAGUGGCUGAAUACUUGAAGUUCAAGGAGCAGUGGCGUGGUUUUGCUGGGUCGGAGUACACCAGUUGCAGCUUUGACAGCAUUGUGUGGCCGUCGAAUGGAGUUCUGGUUUCUAAUGGCAUGGGCCUUGUGACCUCGAUUCUGUCCAUGUCUUCGGCCAACAUGGCGUGGGUGCGGUAUCCUCUGAUGCAGUCGCAGACCACACUUGCCGCGUUGAUGAAACAUCGACACGCUUUGGAGAAGACAUGUUCCUGA